UGCACAACAACAGCUUCCAUCUUGCAACACGACAUCACAGUAAUUGUUUGGUGCAAUGGGAUUACAUACACCAGUCCUGUUGGCGAUAACGGUGGACUAAGAUGUUUUGUUUACAACUCUUUCUAUAACCAUACCCCUUCGCUCACGUAUCCGGAUUCUUUCCGGCACGAAGAUUGCUUUACAAUGUGGCAACGAGUGGUGGAAACAUAUGCCGAACUCGUUGAACAGUACAUGGUGAUUCGGGAAUCCAUGUCCACGCUUCGACUCAGCAGGUCUGAGCUGGCUCUGUUGACGAUACGAAAGAGCUGGCACGACGUCAAGCUUGGCUGGCAAGACUGGAGAGACCAUCCGAGCAGAUCAAUACAACUUGCUGUUUUGACUAUGGCAGUCUUCGGUGCAGUGGUAAUCUUGGACAAGAUUAUCCUACAAUUCACCUCCCUUCGCCGUUAUGGACUGCCGGUAUUGAAACGACCGAAGGGUGUUCACCGAUGGGACUACGCAGCACUACUGCAGGAAGGGGCACGUCGCUACCCCGACACCCCGUACAUUCUCACAUACUCUGGCUACGAGUACAUUGUUUAUCCAUCGUCCAGCUUUGACGAGAUAAAACGCCUCCCUGCAUCGCAGGCAUCCAUGAUCGAGUGGUUCACCCACGUUUUCUUUCAGGGGUGGCGGUUCCUCGGCCACGAGUCGAGCAGUCUCUACAAAACUGUCGGUGUAGAUCUCACAAGAGCCGUCCCUUCAUACGUUCAGGAGCGGCAACAACAUGCGCGACGGGCGUUUGAGCUGGUGACAGGCCCAUGCUCGGACUGGAAGCCUUUUGCCUUAUUCCAAACUGCGAUGGACCUGAUCGCCAUUACCAACGCCACGGGACUGGUCGGUCCUGAACUCGGAAUUGACCAGAGAUGGCGAAAGGCGGUACAGCGGUUUGUCAUGGCAAUGAUGGGCGCCAUCUUUGCCUCCCACGCGGUCCCCGGCAUCAUCCGUCGCGCCAUUUCGCCCAUCGUGUUUACUCCGGCAUGGUGUCUCUACUAUUAUAUGAGUCGGCUUUUGCUGCCUAUAAUACGAGACGAACUCGGGACGCACAAACCCGAUCAGGACGACACCAAGAGCGGAAUGGCGCCCCUCGAAGCGAAGGCCGACGGGACUCGGAAUUUCCCAAUGAUCAAGUGGCUAAUGGCACGAUAUAAGGUUGAAGAGGCUACCCCAAGACAGGUGGCUCACGACUUGAUCGUGGCCUCGUUUGAGUCAACACCUUCGAUGGCCGGAACGCUCUACAUGAUACUAUCGGAACUAGUGAUUCGGCCAGCCCUGAUCGAGGAAAUCCGAGAUGAACUCUCCCGCAACAUGGUGGACGGCAGGUUACCCCAGACGAACCUUGGGGAGCUAAAGAAGCUUGACAGCGUCAUGCGCGAGUCAUCUCGCGUUAACCCUUUCGGUUACCUGACGCUCUUCCGAAGGUUAAAGCAACCGGUCCAACUGUCUGUUGGUCCAAGACUCCCGGUUGGUUCCCUCAUAUGCGUCGAUGCAUACCACAUUGGGAUAUCCGAAGCCUUGUGGACAGACCCCAAGACCUUCGAUCCGAUGCGUUUCCUAAAGCUUCGACAACAGCCUGGCCAUGAAGCAAUGCACCAGUUUACCAGUCUCGGCGCUGAUUCUCCAGGAUGGGGGGAUGGCCUGCAAGCAUGUCCCGGGCGGGCCUUUGCUGGGAACACGCUCAAGAUCGUGCUUGCCCACCUACUGAUGAACUACGAUAUCAAGUUGCCCUCCAGGGCUGAAAAGCCCAAGCGGUUCUCGAUGCCCAACGGGUCUUUGGCUCCGGAUAUGAACGCACAGCUUUUGCUCCGAAAGCGCAGGAUUAAGGUCGAUUGAUGACCGAACUAGGAGCCCCGAUGAGGGAAGAAAAGUCUAUGAAUCCAAGGACGGUAUCUGCAAGUAUUAUAUAGUACACUCUAUCUUGUCAAUCCAAGCAAUCAAUCGUUUCUCGGAGCCA